UGAGAAGAGAGUUUAGAAAUCGGAAACAAUGAGCUGUGCCUAAUAACGCAAUCGAUAUGUCUGUUUAGCAAGGCUGUAAAUUAUUCCAUACAGAAUGAUGCCACCAAUUCAACCUCGGCUCAGUGAAUUUCGUACAACUGGCGCUAUCUGUGAGCGCUUCUAGUAACUAACACAAUCUGGUAACAACUGCACGCAACAAACGUCAUUCGUUUUGAUUCAGAAUUUUUUCAGUGUUUACCAGUUCAUCAUCUCAUGAUAGUCGGUCGUGUUUACUUUUCGAAAUAAUAGCACGCAGUCAAGUAAUGAAUUGUUGGAGGAUGAUAUGAACAACAGAAUAGUAAAUAACAAAAUUUAUCAGUAUUGUGCUCAGUUCUAUUGAUACAGUCAACCCACCGGUACAUAAUAUUAUUUAUUUCAGUGUAACAUUCCGUUGGAUUUGUCUCUUCAUAGAUACUUUGUACGGUAGGGGACAAGCGGCCAGUAAGUGAGCCAGUAGCAGCAGCCAUAAGUGGCAGCCAGCAGUUGUCGCCCAGUAAGGAGCCAGACAGUGGCAUGAAAUCGCUGGGGAACCAGGUAGCGAAUGGGGGCGUGGCCAGCCAAGAGGAUGACGACGAUAUAUUCAGCACGAAUCGGAGCAGCUACAGCUCAUCCUUUUGCCGCGUCGGAGGCGCUAGGCCGACUAUGAUCAGUGCCAAAUACAGGCAGAAAGAGGAACGCAGAAAGGUGCUGAAGAUCUCGAUCAGCAAGCUGAAGAAGAUCGAGGAUCCGGAGAGUUCGCUGAGAAGAUCUGUGCUGAUCAACAACACGAUGAAGCGACUGCAGAGGGAAGCACGCGAGGAGAAACUGCAAAAACAGCAGGCCAUCAACUCUGGUUUCAGCCGCUGCUUUGGAACCGACUUCUUCAAGGAUGAUGAGAACACUAUUGAUCAGGUGACAUCAGUCCAGUCAAGCAGGAGCAGCGACCAACUGGUGGACAUCACCAACCUGCCCGAGCUCACCAACAACACCACCAAGACUGCAACAACAUCGAAGCCAACAUCAACAACAACAACAACAACCACAGCCACCGUUGUCACGUCCAUGUGCUUAGAAGAUUGCUUAGGCUGUGACGAGACAAUGCCUGACGUUGUCGACACCACGUCGAUGCUGUGCGGAGUUGUGACGUCAUCAAGUGACGACGACAACAACUGCAGUCCUGCCAACCGCGGCGCCGCGGGACGCAAACGGUCCUUCGACGAUGUUGACGACAGCGAUGUCCAGGAUGUGCUGAGUCAGUUCUACAUGCCGCCAACGCCGCGCAUGUUGACCUCCAUUGAUGAUGACGAAGACGAGGAUGUGAACGUGGUCGAUUUGGACACUCCCUGUGAGAAGCGCGCCAGAUUAGACUGUGAACAAUCGGCUGCCGAUCGGUUGAAGAGUAUGACACGCUGUCAGAGUUUGACGGAAACUAUCGAGCACCGUCUAACAAUGCCAGACACCAUCGAACACCGUCUAACCAUGCCAGACACUAUCGAACACCGUCUAGCUAUCCCAGACACCAUCGAACACCGUCUAACCAUGCCAGACACCAUCGAACACCGUCUAGCAAUCCCAGACACUAUCGAACACCGUCUGUCCAUGCCAGACACCAUCGAACAUCGACUGACCAUGUCUGAAAACAUCGAACAGCGUCUGACUUUGUCGGCGGCACCCAGUGAUGUUGUGAGUGAACGUUGCACGUCAACCAGUGCUGCGUCAGCAUUCUCCUGCGGACAUUCGUCCAUGUUCAACGAACUGCAGUCGGUCGUCUAUCACAGUCUCAUCGCCUCUUUAGAAACGUAACAGACUUUGGCCUUGUUCUAAACACAGACUGCCAAUCCCAAUGUCUCUGACACCCUAUGCAGUCGUAAUUGUGGGUUGGUGUUCUUCAAAUAGUGUGAGGUUGAGUUAAGGUUCAUCAAUAUUUCUACUCUAUCAUUACUCACUUUUUUUACACAAAACUACAUAUUACGAUUUACCAAAAUCAUAUGAAUAAUUGGGUUAGUGUCGAAAGGUCCCAUACUUAUUGUUUACUUAUGUAAACAAUGCUACCUAAAACAUUCAUUGAGCUAGACUCGACGAAAUUAGUCAGAUAUAACCAAAAGUGGUGAGACCUGACUCACACAGUUUAUACUUAUUUCAUUCAUUCAUUUCAAUUAUAAUUAUUUAUCGCUAAAUUCCACUAAUAUUGAUUAGAAUAUGAAAAUGAUUGAAUCAGUUUUGUCGACAGUUCGAUGAUGAUUUAUCACCAUAUUUCAUAAUUAUUCGUAAUUAUUUUUCAGGGUCUUAUAAGUACCGUAUAGUUUUUUACGCGAGACAGAUAGUUUCUUGUCAUUAAUAUUGAUAUGAAUGUAGUAUUGUUGAAUCAAUUUUAGCAAGAUAUAGUGUCUCAAAAUUGCUAGGUUUGAUGUAUAUCAAACAAACAAUAUGUAAUUACAAGGACGGGUUAUUGUUUUGGUCUCAUGUUUGCAUAUUUGAACUGGUUUCAAAAGUAGCAUUGGGUUUGAGAAUCUAAUGAGUAGCAUUAACACUACUCACGUCACACGGCUAUGUGAGAUUCAUUUGAGUUUCAUUAUACGAUUGUUGAAUAAUAUUGAGUAUUAUUGGUAAUAUUUCAAUAACAGUCGCGGGGAAAUGUUGAUCUGUCCGUGGGUUGAUUGGAUGAUUUUAAACAUUUUACAACAUUGACCAAUGUUGCAACAGUGUACGUUUUUUUCAAUUCUUAAGAGAAUUGAAAAAUAUUCAUAAUAUGAAUUCAAUAACACUCAUGUGGACAUGAUAAUGUGUCUGUAGGUUGGUUUAAAAUAUUGGAAAUUAUUAAAAGUAUCGGAAAGAAAUGCUACAUGGUUAAUAUUAGUUUAUGGAGUUUCAUUACAGCUCUCAUCUAAAAUCUCUAUUCUAUUCCAAUCUUUUACUGAAGACUUUCUUCGUGGUCAAGUUGAAGAACAUCAACUCAAUUAUUGUACUACACUGCAUUCUGUGUCAUGCUUGUAUUGAUAGAUCGGCAGAAGUGACUUUUGUAAAAUAUUGUCAAUAGAAUCGAGCAAGUUGUGAAUAGUUGAAUAUUUUAUUUUGUUCAUAUUGUUGUCUUUGAAGUAUUGUAAUAAUAUUUUUAAGGUGCGUUGAUUAAUUAUUAGUCAUUGACGAUUUAUUCUAGAUUGAUAAGUUGAAUUUGUUGCUCAUUUUUUUAGAUUGUUAAUUUCAAUACGACAUUUGUCUUCUUCACUGGCGAUUCUAAUGCUUAAUUUUUAUAUGGAAACUUUUGUUAUAUUUCUUCUAAAUAAAACCCAAUUGUGCAAUUCUCCACUCUUGGAAUAGAUUUCAUAUAUACUUAACUAGAAUUUAUUUAUCAAAUAAUAUGUGAGACUGAAUGACUUAUGAUUAUACUAAAGCAGAUUAAUCAUUAUUAUCUGCUCUCUGAGACAGCUAGUUUCAAAUUGGACUGAUCAUGAUAAUUUAUGGUUUCUAUUGAAAAUAGCUGGGUUUUUGUACUUUGAGGUUGAAUGUAUGAUAAUCUGAGUCAAUCUUAGUACCCUACUCAGAAUAUUGUCUUCUAAAUAUUAUGUUCCAUCUCAAGAAAUAAUAUACAAAAAAUGGAGCCACUAAAGACAAAAAUAUUACAAUUGAUUUGAAAUUCACUAAGAUGAUUUUCUUGUGAGGCUCAUAACUCGUUUCUCAAGUGAAAUGGUAGGUUGAUUAUUCCUAAUCAAACGGCCUUUGAAUAUUUUUAAAUAUUUAUUAUUCACAGAAGAUUAUUUGUAUUAAAUCUCAAAUAUCUCCAUUCUUCUUAUUUCUAAUUUUAUACUUCCAUGGUUUUAAUUUGUACUUCCACAAUCAGAAAUGUAACUAUUGAUUCUGAUUCUUAAUUCCAAACUAAGAUUAAUAGUUCAUAUUGCUUUGAAAUUAUAAUGAUGAAUUGAAAGGAAAUAGAAUUUGAACGAUGAUGAAUUCAUAUUUAUCACCUGUCUGGUGUAGAUUUCCUCGAUACUGGUUCUAAACGAUUAUCCACUGAUUAUUUUGCUCUUCCAAUUGUCUCUGUUUCAGGAAAUAUAAUGAUUUUUCAGUUAUUUGUUCAAAUUAAAAACACCUCUCCACUCAAAAACUCCAUUUUCAAAACACUUCCAAAAUAAGAUGAAAUCAUGAUUAUGACAUCCAUUCAUCAGAGUGACAGAGUUUUGAAUUUUGAUGUUGGUUUAGAGUUUGCUCCACAAACAAUAGGCUACAUAAGAUUCAAAAUGUGAACAAAUUAAUGUGAGAAUUGUAUUGGUAUGGAGUAGUUUCCAUUAAUAUUUCUAUAUUUAUUUUAGUUUUAUAUUUUACAAAAGAGAAUACCGUAUCUCUUUUCUGUGAGAACUGUAACAAUAUCUGAUGAAAGCUGUCAUUUUUCUUAUCUUAUUCAUUCAAUUUAUUUGUCAAAAUAUUCUGUCCUCUUUUGAAAAGUUUAAAAUUAUUAGAAAAACAAUGUUAUAGUAGUUGAACAUUUCACAAUUUUAAUUAUUCAAUAGUACCUAUUGAUAUCGAAUUUGCAUACGACAUUGGUGUCAAUUUUUAACGCUUGGAGCAUUGUUAGAAUGCUCCCAAACGCAAUUAUUGUGUGUAAUCUUUUUGAAAAUCUCAUUGUUUAGAUGAAAAUCUAGAAACGCUUCUAGUGUAAAUGUUUUUCACUUUUCUCAGUAUUUGUAUCAGAUCAAAAUUCAAGUUGGUAUUCUAAAACUGAAGAAAUUGAUAGAUUAUAUUAUUUAAUAUGAAAUAUUGAUGAACUUCGUUUGGAAAAUUUUGAUAAUAUAUUGUAAAUGAUAACUUACAUCCGAUCUUUCAAAGCGUAUAGUGACUUCUCUAGAUAUAUCUGUGACAUUAAAAUUAAAAAUAGUUCUAUUGUUUUAUAGAAAUUGAUAAGUCAAUAUAAAUAUAUAUUUUUAUACAGAGAAAAACUUUUUAAAAAUUAAAGUAUAGAAUUUUUACACGGAAAUUUGGUAUAAGAAUUGAAAUUUGGAAAGUAAACAGUAUUUGUAUCAUUUAAUUGGGUACAUGUUCAAGCUUUUUUAAUGUAUUACCGCACUUUUCUUUGUUACAUUGGAUGAUUUAUCCUGACUUGUAUUGCAGAGGCUAUGAAGUAAACUCUUCUUUUCACAAUCAAUCAUACAAGCUAAACCUUUCUUAUCCUUCCUACAAAUAAUUUUUAGUUUGUGAAAGAUGAAUUAUAUUUUUAUGUUGACGUUUUUCUGUAAGCAAGCUUCCUUAUUCAUUUCUCAUGAAGGUUUCUAAUAUAUAUUAUUAGAAUCUCAGUUAUAUUCUUGAAAAUAUUGUACCCAAUCAAAUGUGUUAUUGCAUUGAUACACACAAAAUUAAUUUGUUAAAUAAUCUGCCAAGUUGAGCAAAGAGAAUAAAAGUUAAUUUUGAAAUUAAUAUAAAUUUGAAGGCAAGUCUUGUAUUGACAAGAACUCCCUCAAUACAAAUCUGUAUAAUAGUACUGGAAACAAUUUCGUUAUUAUUCGCAUCAGGAAAAAACUCCUUAAAACGAAAAAUGAAAAAAAAGAGAAAUAAAUUGAAAACACAUCCAUGUGGAAGGAUGUUGGAAAAUUGAAAACGAAUGUGGACCAAAAACAGAGAUUCCAAAUAAUUUGUUAUGAAAUUUGAGUGAAAACAUUUUAGAGAUUUAAUUAUUUUAUGGUAAGGUAUAAUAAUAUAUUUAUAAAAAAUUUCCAUUAAUAAUAUUAUUUUGUGGAAUUGGUUCCAGAAAUCAUUUUUUGAGGGAACAGAGAAAACAAAAGAUAAUAUUCACUAGUAUUGAUUGUGAAAUGUUCAUGAAAUACGAACAAAACCACCGUCAAUAAUUGAAUACUUUUUGAAUUUGCAAAACCCUGAACAAUUUUUUUAAAAGAAUUGAUAACAGUACAAUAUAUGGAUGACGAAUCUAGUUCUCAUACAUCUCAAUUCUCUGAAUAACGGUCGAAAUAACAAACGAAAGAAAAUAAAUUGAAAGUUGUUGACGUGUAAAAAUCAAUUUAUGUACCAAAAGUUAUGUGGUUACCGAAAACAAACAAAAUGUAUAGUAGUUUUCUUUGGUCAUGUUGUGUAAAUAAGAAUGACAUUAUAUAUAUAAAUAUAUACCAUGCAUAAAUAUUUAUGUAUUAUAUCAAUAAUUACAUAUAAUUAUGAUAUUAAAGUACCUGCAAAAAUUA